AUGUGUAAUUUGCCGCCGAAGUUCCAUUCAGUGUGUCGCCUUUGUUUAUCAUUCUGUGGCGAUAAUUGCAGUGAUGUUAAAGUUCCAAUAUUCGACCGUGAUAAGGAUAAAUCACGUCUCUCUGAGAUGAUAAUGACAUAUUUAUCGAUAAUGGUUUCUCCAUCAGAUAUGCUGCCACAGGUAGUGUGUGGAAGUUGUGCACACAAACUUGAUGAAUUUCACACAUUCAGAGAAUUGUCACAUAAAUCAGAAAAAUUAUUAGAACAGUUUCUUCAUUAUGCAAAUUCGCUUUCUGGCCCGAAAGAGGUGAGUUAA